AUGGCGCUCCGAUUAGUUUUGGCACGUGCUCUCCUCCAGCCAGCGGCGUGGGCACCCGCACCCGCCGCCGCGGCGGCGAUCGCGGCCGUGCUUUCGCGCCGCCUCUUCAGCAACACCACCCGUGGUGGCGGCCGCGGCCGCGGCGCACACGUCGAUAAGCGCAUCGAAAGGACCAAGGAGGAGCUGCUCGAGCUCUACAAGGGGAAGACCCCCGCGCCCGCGGCGGAGGAGGUGGCGGCCGACCUCACCGGCGUGCUCCGGCGGUUCGAGGCCGCCAAGUCGACGCCGGGCCAGGAGCAGCACGGGUCGAAAACGUUCGUCGGAGAUUCGUUCGCCGGAGAUUCGUUCGUCGGGGAUUCGUUCGUCGGGGAGCCGUUCGCCGGAGAGCACUUCGACACGGAGCCCUACGAGGCCGACGGGUCCGUCGACGGGUACUCCUUCUCGGGGGGCACGUACGAGGGGGACUCCCACUCGGGAGACAUAUACACGCCUUGGGUGGGCCGGGAGACCCGUCGCGGCGGCGACUGA